AUGCCUAAUAGCCUGCAAACAGGCUUGCUAUUUACGAGUAUCUAUUUCAAUGUAACUAUAAAUGUCAUAUAUCUCACGGUUAUUGAUGACGAAGAGAACGAGGCAAUGGAAGUGGUAAGUUUAUUUCUGAAAUUAAGUUGGUUUCCUUAGUUCAACAUUACACUCACAUUAGUUCGACAUUAGACUCGCGAAAAAUUAAGUUAAAAACCAGUCAAACGCAACACUGUGUCACUUGUUAAAUUUGUUUUACGGAAUAAUAUUGUCAUUUAACAUUCUCUCUGAUCAAACGUAUUAAUGUUUUCAAUAGAACCAAGUGGGCAGACCUUCCGUCCAUGUGACAAAAGAAAUGAUAACUGAACUUCUUGCUCUCAAACUUUCAUAUGCACAAAUUGCAAAGGUUCUUGGUAUAUGCAGGACCUCUUUGUACAAGAAGAUGAAUGAAUAUAGGAUUGACUACAAAGAGAAAUACUCAAUAAUAUCAGAUAAUGAACUUGAUAACACUAUUAAACAGAUUUAUCAAGAUCAGCACAAAAUGGGUGAGGUUAUGUUAAUGGGCCAUCUGAGAUCAAAAGGGAUUGAUGUUCAACGGAAACGUUUGCGAGAAGCAAUUCACAGAGUUGACCCUGUAGGUGUUGAAGAGAGGAAAGCAAAUGGUAUAAAGAGAAGAGUUUACGAGGUUCCACAUCCAAACUUUAUUUGGCAUAUUGAUGGCAAUCAUAAACUAAUCCGUUACAGACUAGUAAUUCAUUGUGCAAUUGAUGGGUAUUCCAGGCUCAUUACAUUUCUCCAGUGUUCAGAUAAUAACAGAUCUCAGACUGUUGUAGAACUGUUCAAUGAAGCAACAAAUGAGUUUGGUAUGCCCAAGCAUGUGCGAACAGAUCAUGGAGGAGAGCACGUUGGCAUCUGGACAACAAUGUACAAUGUCUAUGGAGACGAGAAUAAUCCUGUGUUCACAGGUAGGUCAGUCCACAAUCAGCGAGCAGAGAGAAAUAAUAGAGACUUAAAUGUAUCCAUUACGUCACCAUUUAAGAAAGUGUUUGAAGAAUUAGAACUGGAGGGUCACCUCAAUGUGGACAACGAAACAGAUAUCUUUUGCUUGCAUUAUGUAUAA